AUGAAUCCCAACUGCUGCCCGGGCGGAAUUGUGUACCCCACGGAGAAGGUGAACGCUGUCUGGACCUUCUGGCAUAAAGCAUGCUUCCACUGUGAGACCUGCAAGAUGACACUCAACAUGAAGAACUACAAGGGCUACGAGAAGACGCCCUACUGCAACGCACACUACCCCAAGCAGUCCUUCACCAUGGUGGCUGACACCCCGGAAAACCUCCGCCUCAAGCAACAGAGCGAGCUCCAGAGUCAGGUGCGCUACAAGGAGGAGUUUGAGAAGAACAAGGGCAAAGGCUUCAGUGUGGUUGCAGAUACACCGGAACUCCAGAGAAUCAAGAAGACCCAGGACCAGAUCAGUAACAUAAAAUACCACGAGGAGUUUGAGAAGAGCCGCAUGGGCCCCAGCGGGGGCGAAGGCCUGGAGCCUGAGCGCCGAGAUUCCCAGGACAGCAGCUACCGGCGGCCCCAGGAGCAGCAGCAGCCGCCCCACCACAUCCCCACCAGCGCCCCGGUUUACCAGCAGCCCCAGCAGCAGCAGGUGGGACAGUCUUAUGGUGGCUACAAGGAGCCUGCAGCCCCGGUGUCCGUACCGCGCUGUGCCCCAGGCGGGGGCGGGAAGCGGUACCGCGCUGUGUAUGACUACAGCGCCGCCGACGAGGACGAAGUCUCCUUCCAGGACGGGGACACCAUCAUCAACGUGCAGCAGAUCGACGAUGGCUGGAUGUAUGGGACCGUGGAGCGCACCGGCGACACGGGGAUGCUGCCGGCCAACUACGUGGAGGCCAUCUGA